AUGGCGGACAUCAACAAACCAAUCAUCCUUCACCUCCGUGGAACCGCCAAAGACCGGUAUCAAAGGGCCCCACUGGAGGAAUGCAUUAAGAUCGCCCAUGCAGCAGGAAUCCAACCGAACCAGAAGUUUCAUCUGCACUGCUUUUCUGGAUCCUGUAAAGAAAUGGCCCUUUGGACCAAGAACUUCCCGGAGACGUGGUUUGGGUAUACCGGAAUGGUCGCCAGCUUUGACGAACACCAGCUCUCAGCCCUGCGGUUCCUGAAUGCAAAACGGUUUGUGCUGGAAACGGAUGCCCCCUACCUAUGGCCUCGCCCAGGUCACCGAGGGAUUAACAGCCCAAGAUUACUCGGUGAUGUGGCAACUCUGGUGGCUGAGGCUCGACAGAGUACUAUGGCCAAUAUCCUAGAGCGCGCCUACAUCAAUGCUAGGCAGCUCUACAGGGUAUGA